ACAGACCAAUCACAUCGUGGAUGGGCGGGACCAGAAUCAACGGCUCUUGAAAAGUUGGCGCCCGCUUGGGUGAGCGAAGCCGAAUACCGGGAGAAGCACAAGAGGAUGCAUUAUGAAACAGACACAAAGAUUCUUCAGGAGCUUGGUUCUUCCUGUGUGGAACUUGGACAGUUAGCACUUGAUAACUUCCAUGUAGCACCGGCAGUUGAUCAAGAAAGUCCUAUUGGAAUGAAUUCCAAUUUGCAACUUAUGUGGCUAAAGGACCAAGUAGUUCAACAAACAGUAGAACUGAAAACUCGGUUAAAAGGCUUUGAAACCAAUACAGAGGCUUUGUCAGAAGACAGCCUAAAAGAAGUAAUUCCGGUGCUUGAAAAGGAAUUGGAAGAUGUUUCAUUUUCUUUCCAGCAGAAAACAAUGGCUCUUCACAGGCUUCAAUUCACACAUGCGAUUCGCGAAGCAGCACAGAAGAAUGAUGAAGAAGGGAAGUUGAUAAUGAAAACAAUCAAGCACUCAUUAAAUCUUUGUUCUGAGAUUAUAGCAACCCAGAAAGAAGUUCACACUUUGGAGAAUGCAGUACUUGAAGUUCAAAAGCAAAGGCUAAUGUUAAAACGAAAGAUGCAAGGUGUAUUGCAGGACAUGAAAGCUGAAAAGAGGAAGCAGCAACAAGUGCUGCAACAACUACAGGAUGAACUUCCAAAACAUGGAGAAAAGAACUUGCUAGAACAUGUGAAAAUGGUGACAUUAAUUCAGAAGGUUUUGCAGGGUGUUAUUCUUUCCAGCGGAGUGAACUGGGCCAAGGAUCCUGUAUUAAAGGAAAUUGUUUUGCAGCUUGAGAAUAAUCCACUUGAUGAAGCAGAUUCAAGCAAUUGAUUUUUGUCUAAUUGUUUUCAAUGGUGAAGACCAAAAUGAGCCUUGAUUUAAUGUGCCAAGUACUCAUACUAUCACUAAACUGUCUACUUUCUACCACAAUCAGGGCAACUAUAUUUUGGAUUUAUUACAGUGAAUACUUAUGCUAAAUAUCAAAAAUGAAUGGUCACAUUUUUGUUUUAAUUUUCUUUUUCAACCUACCUUUUAAAUUCAACUUUUAGUAUGUUGUAGUGAAGUUUAGACAAUUGUAUUUGGUCUUCAUGUUUUUUAAUAUAUAAAAUUGUAAAAAAUUUUUUUUAAAGAUUUGGUGGUUAUUCAAUUUACCUCUGCAGAAUUCCGUAUUAUCAGUCAGUUUUCUGACCAAUGCUGAAUAUCACCUGGAAGAUGUUCAAAAUUUAAACAUCUCACUGUACAAAAUGAACUUUGGAUGAGCAUUCAUAGAUGUUAAUUUACUUCACUGAUUCCUUUCCCCCCACUUUAGUAUCUAAUUUUCUUGUGAAUACAAAUGGCAACAUUAGACAUUCAACCGUAAACAUUUUAAUAUAUUGAAUGAUUUAAAAUGUAAUAUUGUUCAUUUACUUUCUGGAGUCUGCAAUUGCCCCUGUUAAUGUAUAAUUUUAUCAUUAAGAAAUAUAAAUAAAACAGUCAA